AUGAUACACAUCCCAAACAGAAGUAUCCUGGCUGCCAACGUAAUCUUCUCCUCUGGGGCCAUAGUCAUGAUGGUAGUUGGACUCAUCAUGGAAAACUGGGUGGAACUGAUUCCCAAAAUGAGAAAGGAUAAGACUACCCACAGCCCAUGGCUGGGUUGCUGUCCUGCUUUAUGGCCUGAAGAUAGCCUGAAGAUCAUCAGAAGCCUGAUGUUGAUGAGUCUCAACAUUUCCAUAUAUCUCAAUUUGAUCAUAGGUCUGCAGUUCACCUAUAUGAUUUCUCAAAAUAAGUGUGUGCACCUCUUUAUUGGCUUCCUGAGUUUCUUCACAGGUUGCCUCAUGUUCUAUGCAAUUACUAUGUAUCAUCACAAGCUAAAUAAAGGUCAACUUGAAUACUUCAUUAGUUAUAAGACCAAAUGGGUCGUUUUCACUGCCUACUUAGCCAUCGCAUUCCUUCUUACUUGUGGUAUCUUCUGUUUUAUACAGUGCACAAACACAUGUGCCUGCAUGAGAUUCUGUAUACCACACAGAGAAAGUACUGGCAGAAGGCUGUCUGGGAGUUCAAUACAAGUUAUUUCACUUCCAGAGCGCACCACGAAGCCUCGGAGCAUUGUCCAUGUACACUCCGUGCCCUCAAAGGAUGGUCAGGUCAACAAAUCACAUGUCCAAGCACGCCGUGUAACCUGGGCUCUAUGA